AGGCACUCGCCUUCCUCCCCUCUCUCUCCUCUUUCUCAAUCCAAUUUCCCAAGGUCGGCACACUUUAACCACCAUCGGGUGUCUUCUUCAUUUCAUCACCGCGCAACCAACGCAACUACAUUUCCUGCCCCAAUUCCCUUUUAUUCGUCCCUGUUCAAACUCCGAACCAGGCUCAGAACAAGCACGUGCACGUCACAUGCUCAUGCCCCAUGGCUCCUCCUGCUACCUCCGAACGCGUCGAGUUGGCCAGGCUCUGCGCCUCCAAGGACUGGUCCAAGGCCAUUCGAAUCCUCGAUUCCCUCAUUUCUCACUCCGGCGCAAUCCAAGACCUAUGCAACCGAGCCUUCUGUUACAGCAAAUUAGAGCUUCACAAGCACGUGAUUAAGGAUUGCGAUAGAGCGCUUCAGCUUGACCCUACGCUUCUUCAAGCUUAUAUUCUCAAAGGUUCUGCACUCUCUCUGUUGGGAAGGAAAGAAAAUGCUCUGUUGGUGUGGGAGCAGGGCUAUGAACAUGCUCUGCAUCAGUCUGCAGAUUUGAAACAGCUGCUAGAACUUGAAGAGCUUGUGGAAACAGCAAAACACAGCAACAAUGCACUGUGUGAAAGUGAAAUCCAUAGGCCAUCCAUGCCGCAAACCAAACCAGAUACUCUGAGUAAUGAGAACUCGACUGAAACUUGUAAGAUCCAACAUAUGUUGGGCUCUCAGGCUGAAUCUUGUGCUGAUGCUAGUGAUAAAUCUGAGAAAUGCCUGAAGUCGGCUGAUAAUUUUGACUUAAAAAUUGAAUCACGUGAUGAGGAUAGGGAUUCUAAUAAAUCUGAUGGCCAAGUAAAUGGAAGCCAUGAUGUUCUUGAUACACUUAGUUACAAUUCUGAAUCAUGCAAUGACUCAAGCGAUGCCUCAGAAUCAUGUGAAAAAGUAUCUACCAAUAGUGGUGUCUCAGUUAAUAUCCCUGAAAAUUUUAGAAACCCAAUUAGUAAGUUUAUAUUUUCUGAUGAAAGAAAAGGUGAAGCAAGGAAAGAUAAUAAGUUCUGCGUCGCUCGGAUUUCAAAUACAAAUUCAAUUAGUGUAGAUUUUCGACUCUCAAGGGGUAUAGCUGAGGUUAAUGAAGGAAAAUAUGCUCAUGCCGUAUCCAUUUUUGACAAGAUACUGAAAAAGGACCCAGCUUAUCCUGAGGCACUAAUAGGAAGAGGUACAGCAUAUGCAUUCCAGAAGGAACUUGAUGCUGCUAUAGCUGAUUUUACAAAGGCUAUACAAUUUAAUCCAUUGGCUGGUGAGGCAUGGAAAAGAAGAGGUCAGGCCAGAGCAGCCUUGGGAGAGUUUGUUGAGGCUAUUGAGGACUUGACCAAGGCAUUAGAAUUCGAACCUGACACAGCAGAUAUUUUACAUGAGAGAGGAAUUGUCAAUUUCAAAUUUAAAGAGUUUGAUGCAGCUGUUGAAGACCUUUCAGCUUGUGUGAAGCUAGAUAAGGAUAAUACAUCUGCUUACACAUAUUUGGGUUUAGCAUUAUCUUCAAUUGGUGAAUACAAGAAAGCUGAGGAAGCUCAUCUGAAAUCACUUCAACUUGACAAAAAUUUCCUUGAAGCAUGGGCACAUCUGACUCAGUUCUAUCAUGAUUUAGCACAGCCAACAAAAGCUCAAGAAUGUCUAGAUAAGAUGUUACAAAUUGAUGGGAGGUUUGCAAGAGCUUAUCAUUUGCGUGGCCUUCUGUUCCAUGCAAUGGGUGAGCACAGAAAGGCUAUCAAGGAUUUGACAACGGGAUUGAGCAUUGAUGGCAGCAACAUUGAAUGUUUGUAUUUACGAGCUUCCUGCUACCAUGCUGUUGGACAAUACAAAGAAGCAGUCAAGGAUUAUGAUGCUGCACUGGAUUUGGAACUCGAUUCAAUAGACAAGUUCGUGCUCCAAUGCCUUGCCUUUUAUCAGAAAGAGAUUGCUCUGUACACAGCCUCAAAAUUUAAUGGUGAUUUUUGCUGUUUUGAUAUUGAUGGGGAUAUUGAUGCACUUUUUAAGGAAUACUGGUGCAAGAAAUUGCAUCCAAAGAAUGUAUGCGAAAAGGUUUUCAGGCAACCUCCUUUACGUGAGUCGUUAAGAAAGGGAAAGCUUAAAAAGCAAGAGUUUACUAUUACCAAGCAGAAGGCUGCUCUUCUACUCGCUUCAGAUUCCAUUGGCAUGAAAAUCCAAUAUGAUUGUCCAGGAUUCCUACUUAAUAAACGUCAGCAUCGAAUGGCUGGACUUGCUGCAAUUGAAAUUGCACAAAAGGUCUCAAAGGCUUGGCGUUCCCUGCAUGCUGAAUGGAAAUAUUCAACUAAAGGAAACUCAAAGAAUGGAAAAAGAGCCAGGAGAAGGGAAAGAAUUAAUAUGCCCAGCCAAAAUAGAGGAGGUGCUGGUUGUAGUACAAGCAGCACCAUGGUAACAUCUUUAAAUGGAACUGUUGAUGAUAGAUCAUCCAGCCGUACAUUGUCAUGGCAUGAUGUUUACUCAGUAGCUGUUAGAUGGAGGCAGAUUUCUGAGCCUUGUGAUCCUGUUGUGUGGGUGAACAAACUAAGCAGUGAAGAGUUUAAUUCUGGAUUUGGUUCUCACACACCUAUGAUUCUUGGGCAAGCCAAAGUUGUCCGUUACUUUCCUAAUUAUGAAAGGAUAUUAGUAAUUGCAAAGACUGUAAUGAAAGAGAGAUCAUAUGUCCGCAGCAAAACAGAUAACAUCAUUCAUCUUUCCGAUGAUGGGAAACUAGAAGAGAUUAUGCAUGCAAAAUCAUGCUCUGAUCUUUAUAAAGUUGUUGGUGAGGAUUUUUGGUUGGCUACCUGGUGCAACAGUACUGCAUUUGAAGGGAAGCAGCUUGAAGGGACUAGGAUAACCCUUGUAAAAAUGGGGGAGCACGGUUUUGACUUUGCAAUCAGAACACCUUGUACACCUGCCAGAUGGGAAGAUUUUGACGAAGAAAUGGCAAUGGCAUGGGAAACUCUAUGCAAUGCUUACUGUGGUGAAAAUUAUGGGUCUACUGAUUUCAACAUGCUUGAAAACGUGCGAGAUGCAAUUUUGAGGAUGACAUAUUACUGGUAUAACUUCAUGCCACUGUCUAGGGGAUCUGCUGCAGUUGGAUUUAUAGUUAUGUUGGGCUUGUUACUAGCUGCGAAUAUGGAGUUCACAGGAAGCAUUCCACAGGGCUUACAGGUUGAUUGGGAAGCCAUUUUGAACUUAGAUCCAAACUCCUUUGUGGACUCGGUUAAAACGUGGCUGUACCCAUCUCUGAAGAUGACAACCUCAUGGAAAGACUAUCCUGAUAUUACGUCAACUUUUGCAACAACAGGUUCAGUUGUUGCUGCUUUGAACUUUUCUGAUGAUUGAACUCCUGUAAUUAUGACCGUGUGAGUUAAUUGCAUAUUAACUGUGACGGUUUUGUAUACUGUAACCAUAUGUUAGAGAUUAUACAAUAAAGUUAUUAUAGCAUUGGAUGAAAAAUUACCAUUUCUCUUCA